GCAAAGGUACAAAACGCAGAGAAGUUUGCACACCGCGUGCUCGUUUUUGCCGGUCUGCGCGGGUGGUCGUUUCACCGCUGUGUGUGUGUUGACCGGUGCUCGUGCGUGGGACAUCGUGAUGUGCUUUAUGGUGCCUCCUAUGUGAAACUUGUUGCGCAGAGGAGCGUAAGAGCGACAGAACAAUGUUUCGCACGAAAAAGGACGUUGACAGGCACAUCGCCGGCAUUCUUGCGAGAAUUAAAGAUGAGAACGAGAAAAAGAUCAGAGGUUUCAACUUUGCCAAGCUUUACUUUUCAGUUAAAGACUAUGAAUCAGCCACAAGGUACCUGGCUGAAUACUUGGCUGUCAAUGACAAACAGGCUUCUGCACACAAACUUAUGGGAGAGAUUCAUGAAGCUGCAGGAAGGCUUAAGCAAGCUUUGCAGUCCUACAAGCACUCCCUGGCUCUUGAGGAAAACCAGAAAGAUGUCGUCCUGAAAAUUUGUGAAAUCCACUGUGAAUUGCCUGCUGACCAAGAGACAACUAAGUAUUGGCUGGAGCGAGCCGAGAGCCUUUUUCCUGGCCACAGGAUUAUUUUUAAGCUCAAGGAAAGUCUGACGAGAGCUAGAGGAGAACCAGAUGUGAAGGACAUGGAAAACCUCAUCACGUCAGAACUGGUGACCCGUCCGCUGGAUGUGGCGCUGCGCGUGAAGCUGUUGAGGUUGCUGCUGAACUCGGGUCGUGUUCUGGAUGCCUACAAGCAUGCACUGCAGGCAGAGGAGGAGCCCCAGUUUGGUGCCGAAGCCUUCUACUCACUUCCAUGGCAGCGCUGCCUGGCUGACGUAUUUGAGGCGUACCAAGAGAACCAGGCUGGCCCAGUGGAUGAAUCCUUUCUUGCCAAGUACCUCCUGACGCUAGACCAGCUAGCCUCUUUGGCACUGACCAACCCAAGCAGCUCUGCACUCGCUGCCAUACCUGGUCCCCUCAAUGGAGAGUCGGCCAAGCAGGGGGAGCGGGCUGCUGUGGAGGAUGCCAUCAGUGCCAUUGAGUCGCUGGAUGGUUUGCUGGAUAAGGCCCAUAAGAAGAAGUGGACGCGUGGUGGGGCCUGGGACUUCGUGCUACAUCAUGUCACAGGCCAGCUGUACUUGCACAUGGCCACAUUGCUGCUCAAGAGGGCCUGGAAGGAGAACUACAACUGGCAAGAAGCUCGUAGUUGGGCUGCGGCUAUGCUGCUGAGUGCGUACUCGUUACGUCCUCCAACUGGUUUGUCCCAGGAAUCGUGGUUCUUGGCACUGGACUCUGCCAGGCAGAGGCUUUAUCGUCACGUCUUUCUACGAGCUCACCACCGGCUCUCAGUUUCUGGUCACAUUGUGCAUGUUCUCUGUGAAGUCGAAAGCAAGUCUCGUUGGCUGUCUGAUCUCAAGCAGGAAGCAUGCACACCUGAGGUGCGAAAGAAAAUCUACAGGAGCCUUUUUGAUGGAGAAGGCACCGCGUCGUGGUUUCUCCAUGACCCAACCCUUGUCAAAUGUGCCUUUGAGUUUCCGACCAUUGCGGCUCUUCAGGAGCAUGAUCAAGAGUCGCAAUGGCUGCAUCCUUCAUCUCUUAACCAUCUGGUCUGGCUGGCCUUGCACUGGAGUUCAAUACAAGACAAAAAGUCUAAGGGCACUGAGCACUUCUUCGAGGUGCGAGUGUUUGAAAGGCUACAGCGAGAGCCUCACGCAUUUAACUCCGGGGCAGCGGAGACAUUGAGCCAAAUGGAUACGUUGGCGUUCCUGGAGGCAACGCGGUACUGUGCAGCUCAAUCGCUGGGCCGGAAGGCUAUGCGUCCCUCACAGGGGCCCUUGGCACUUCCUCCUCACGUGGGUGUGCAGCUAUGCACGGGUCCUCAAGCCGAGUGGUGGAAUGCUGCCUACCGACUACACACCAGCACUGCCAGGGACAAAAUGGCCGACUACAGGCGCCUUCUACAGAGAGGACUUGAAGUAAUCCGUGGAAUUGGAAACCAUGGCAUGGACCUUACCCUGGUUGUUCGUUUGGCUAGGACAUUUGCAAACAGGUCCUCAUCCAUGCGUGCUGAUGGCCUGGAGGAGGAGUCUAAGGCUCUCGAAGACCGGGCGGCACACUAUUGGGAAGUUGUCAUCUCUAUGCUGGAAAAGUCUGGCAGCCCCAGCAGCCCAUUGUCGGCAUCGCGCCGGCUGUUUUGUGUGCCAGCCGGCGCUGUGACGUUGAGUGGCCCACAGGAGACAAGAGCCCUCAAGCAGGAGGCCAAGAUGUUCCUGGCUGUACGUGCUAUGAAUGCGGGCUGUCUGGAUGAGGCCGCUGAGAUGCUGUCGCAAUUGACUACUGCACAGGCUGCAUUCUACACUGCCCUCGUUAAAGGAACACUAAAGGCAAACAACAAUUCAUGUCAGAGUGAAAAGGUCAAUGGAUAUCCUGAAUUGCGCCCACAUGGCCUUGUUGCUCCCGGCACCAUCACUGACGACUGCUAUCACUACUGCAUUUUGCUUGAAAAGUUCGAGAACAGCCUCAAGCACAAGCCUGGCAAGGACAUCACCUGGUGCAGCUCCCUUGCUGGCGAAGCUGGCGAUUGGCUGUACCCACCACAGAUUGUCGAUGGCGUCAAGAUCCCCGUCGACACGACAAAGCCGAAUCCAAACGAUGUGGAAUUUGACAAUUUGUACCUGGACAUGAACGGCAUUAUACAUCCCUGCUGUCAUCCAGAAAACAAGCCCGCCCCGAAGAAUGAAGAUGAAAUGAUGGUGGCCAUAUUUGAAUACAUCGAUCGCAUCUUCAGUGUUGUCCGGCCUCGGCGCCUUCUUUACAUGGCAAUUGAUGGAGUGGCGGAAUCCCCAACAAGGCAGCCAAGAGGCCAGACUGCAGGAUCAGCUGCCUCCGCUGCUGCAAACGAGUUUGUUGAGUUGCAGCUGCGGUCCCUGUCACUGCACCAGGAACUGGUGAUGAGUCACCUGCGUCAGGUGCUGGAGACCAACCAGAAUGUGUUGAGGGAGCUGCGUGACAGCCACCAGGCUGUGCUGGCCGAAGUCAAGCAGCAGCAAACUGCGCUGGAGCAGCUCACGAAAAAAGUCGAUGAUGUUGCGACAAGGGCAGCCACUGCUGCCACCGCAUCUCGUGCACAGCGACAGCGGGAGGAGGCAGAUUAUGUGGAAGAGUACACAGCAGCCUACGAAAGCGAGUACGACCCAUAUACGGAGUACUCACACUUAGAGGCUGCAGCUGCCAGUGGAGCUGGGCCACCCCACCCGGUGCCGCCCCCGGCACCGCUCGGAUACCCACCGCAAUUUCGUGGUGCUCCUUAUGCAAGCUAUCCUCCGCCGCCACCGCAUCUGGGUUAUCCGCUGGCUCCACCCCCACCGUUGGGCCGGCCCUUGCCGCCACCUUUGGCUCCACCCCAGCCGUUUUACUCGCCACAGGUGGCUGCAGCAGCCGCUGCUGUGACAACUCCCGCAGCACAUCCUCCCAUGUGGCUGAGUGGGGAUGUUGGUCGGGUGUCAGCCUUCAGUCGUCUGUCCAAGGUGCCGCCACCACCACAAGCUACCAUGCCCACUCCUGUGGUGCCACCAGUCAGCGCCAUCACUCCUGCGGCCCCUGCCUUGCCACCCAAGCCGCCAAAUGCUCCGCACGCCUUCCAGAUCCCUCUGCCAGCCACUGGCCCUUCGCCCGCGUCGGCAACAUUGCCUGGUGCCCCGCAAGGCUUUUCUCAGCCCUUCCCUUCUUCGGCUGCGGUGGCGCCCACUGUCCCCAGAUCGGCCGCUGCUACACCGCAGCUGCACGGACUACUUACAGGCUCAGUGCCAUCGCUGGCUUCUGUGGCUCCUGAAAAGCAGGAACCGAUGACCACCAUUGGCACCAGGACUGCUGAAGCAAGCCCAGUGAUUUCGGCUAGGAAUUUGCAGGCGCAGACACCGUCCCCUGCAGCACCACGCCGCCUACAAAGAGCUAGCACUGGAUCAGAUGACUAUGCGGAGGAAGUUGAAGUUGAGGGGAACUUCAAACCUCUAAUUCCACUGCCCGAGGAGGUGUCCGUCUACACUGGUGAGGAGAAUGAAAAGGUUUGCUUUGAAGAAAGAGCCAAACUCUUCCGAUAUGUCGACAAAGAGUGGAAAGAGCGUGGCAUUGGGGUCGUCAAAUUGCUCGAAAACCAAGAGGGCAAAGUACGGCUGCUAAUGCGACGGGAACAGGUGUUAAAAGUCUGUGCCAACCAUUACAUUCACCCGGGAAUGACAUUAACACCAAUGCCAAAGAAGGACACUGCUUGGAUAUGGGAUGCCCAAGAUUUCGCUGAUGGCGUGCCACACCCAGAAAAGUUUUGCAUCCGUUUCAAAACACCAGAAAUAGCAAUGCAAUUCAAAGAAGCCUUCGAGCAAGCAGUGAACAAGUCCAAACAGGCCGCUGUAUCAUCUUCGCCAGCUGCCUCCACUGCAGCCAGUGCAGUGACCACUUUGUCGAUGUCUCCAUCACCUCUUAGAACUUCUACGACAACACCGGCACCUUCCAAGUUUGAAUCGUCAACAGCCACCACGCAUUCUACAUUUGUGAUAUCAACGCCAGGCUUUGGAACCCCCAAGUCUGUAGUGACGCCUCCUGUGUUUGGAUCUACAACUGUCACAACAGGAGUACCUGCAGUACCAUUCGGUUCGUCAUUUGCUGCCUCCACUCCAGCAGCUACCACAACUGCAGCAACAUUUUCCUCAUCUCCAUCAAGCUUUGGUGGCCUCAAGACAACGGGGGCACCACAUGCAUUUGGAUCAGCUGUAGGUAGCGCAGUGACUUCUACCUUGUCAUUCGGCAGUCCUGUGACUUCAUCUGUCGUGGCAUCUGGCUCUCCACCUACAAGCCUACCUCACUUGCCAGCGACCGGUUUUGGCAAGAUGUUUCAUCCAAAACCAGGGGCCUGGGCGUGUCACACAUGCUAUGUGAGCAAUGAUGCCAACAAACUCACAUGUGCAGCGUGCGACUCGCCAAAGCCAGCUACUCAGAAACCAAAGACUGCAGACGCGCCUGUGUCAGCACAACAGCAAACAGCAAAACCUGACGUGGCUGCUUUGAGCCCCUUUGGGAAUUCUUCGGUGCAGCCUUUCGGCUCACAGGCACACAGCCAGCCUCCGUAUUCAAGUUCGGUGUCCCUGUGCCAGAACAGAAGCCAAGCACUCCCGUCACUCCAGCCUAUUGGUGGAACAGCUCCAUCGGCGAAGAAUGUAUUUGGCGGAUUUACGUUUUCUGGCCCACCAAAAGUGAAAGAGCUUCCGAAGGAAGAAGCAAAACCUGCUGCUUCAGCAGCAGCAUUAAAGGAGUCUCCAAAGCCCAGCCCUUUUGCUGGCUUUUCGUUCAAGAGCCCACCAGCUGCAGCAAAAAAAGAUGAACAGCCAGAGCCGGCUAGUGCAACGCAGUCAUUUCUAGCGGGUGCUCGUUCGGAAAUUAGCAAGCUGAGCACAGCACCAGCCAAACAAGCUCAGGUGACGCCUUUGCCAACUCAACCACAGGUCACGUCUCCCCUGGCAAAGCCAUCACCUCAAACUUCGACUUCGACUAGGCAACGAGCAGACUCUUUUCGUAGCCCUGGUGGACCAGCGGACGACUUUGUCCCUAGUGCCGAGUUCGAGCCAGUGGUCCCUUUGCCGGAGCUUGUGGAGGUCAAAACGGGUGAAGAGGAUGAAGAGGUCCUGUUCUGUGAGCGAGCCAAGCUGUUCCGAUUUGAUGCAGAGACAAAGCAGUGGAAGGAGCGUGGUAUUGGCGAGCUGAAGAUCCUUCGCCACCCUGAGACGCAGGUGUGCCGUGUGCUAAUGCGCAGAGACCAGGUGCUCAAGCUCUGUGCCAAUCACAGGAUUCUGCCGGAGAUGAAAUUGGGCCCGCUGUCGACGAAUGACCGUGCAUGGUCUUGGUUCGCCAAUGAUUACAGUGAGGGACAACUCUGCAAGGAAAAUCUUGCAGCACGCUUUAAGACAAAGGAGCAGGCUGAUCUCUUCAAGCAGGUAUUUGAGAGCUGUAGGGACGAAGCCCCCUGUGCAACACCCCUCAAAGAAGGCAAAGAGGAAGAAGUAAGCAAUACAACAAAAGAUCAGUUGGCUGACAACAAGCAGUCCAAGCCAGCAGCUGCUGUGCCUCUCUCUCAGUUAAGUCAGUUCAAGCCAAAGCCAGGCGCUUGGAACUGCGAUGUCUGCUACGUGUCAAAUCCAGCUGACAGGACAUCGUGUUUGGCCUGCGAGACCCGGAGGCCUGGAUCAGAGAAUGCUGAGCCCACACCAUCACCUUUAAAAGCAUUGGAGAAGUUGGCUGCCCCUGUCUCCGGAGGUGGCGGGUUCCCCGUUGGCACUGCGGCUGCGGGAGUUGCACCAGCCAAGUUCACCUUUGGAUUUCCCGGAGCCAGCACCACUCCACAGCCAUCAACUACUAACUUGUCGGCACAAUCCACUCCCCAAGUGACAUCAACAACACCUAAACCUUCGGGUUUCGUCUUUGGAUCGUCGCGACCGGGCUCUGUUGCACCGCCAUCUACUUUCACGUUUGGGAUGGCAAAUUUCAAGCCGGAUUCUUCGUCUACCAAUGCACCAGCUGCUACAUCUACGCCAACAGCAUUCAAGUUUGGAAGCCCACAAAAGUACGAGUUCAGCUUCAGUGGCGUCCGACCACGUAGUCCAAGCAAAACGCCAAAGUCCCCUGGUACACCAGCAGAUGCGGAAGAAGACGAAUCGGGCACCAUUGAAUCUCCCGAGGCCGACAUCUUUUUCCAGCCUUUGGUCCCCUUGCCUCCGAAGGUGGAGGUGCGCACUGGUGAGGAGGAGGAGGAAGUUCUGUACAGCCACCGGGCCAAGUUGUACCGCUGGAUGGACGGGGAAUGGAAGGAGCGUGGUCUUGGUGACAUCAAGCUACUCCGGCAUCCAACCACUCAACGUACAAGGCUGCUGAUGCGCCGGGAGCCGGUGCUUAAAGUCUGUCUGAACCACCUGCUGACAGCCGAGCAUCAGUUCAGCAAGAAAGACGAUCGCACUGUCACAUGGUCCGCAACAGACUUCUCGGAUGAUGUGGCGUGUCCAUACCAGUUUGCGCUGCGCCUCAAGAGCUCCCAGGUAGCUGAAGAGUUCCUGGCUGCUGUGGAGAAAGCGAAGAGCAAGUCCAGUGGCUCUCCGCUGCCUUCUACCGCUCAGCCAAUGGCAAAGCCAUCGACACCAGUGAGUGCCUCCACUUUCUCGUUCCGGCUUGAAGACAAUGCAGGAAUGAGUCCUUCCUCCGCCACAACACCAGUCGGUGGUUUUUCUCUGGGCGCUCGUUUUGGCUCCUCGAAACAAACGGUGGUGCGCUCACUGUUUGGCAACUCUUCAGCGCCCAAGGACAGCAAGGAGGAUGAUGACGAUGUGCAGUUUUUAUUGGAGGUCAGGGCUGAUCCUGCUGAUGUAGCACGGGCAAGGAAACUGAUGCUGCCUGACAACUUCUAUCUUUAUGAGACAAAGACACCUUGCCCCGGAUGCCGAGGCUGCGAUGACUGGGAGAGCAAGAAAAAAGCACUGGCAGCAUCCUCAAGACCUGCCGGCCCCACAAAAUCUGCAUCAACCAAGGAUGCACCCCACCUAGCUGCAGCCGACAGCACCACAGGCAGCCAGGAGGAUGAAGACAGUGGUGGUGGGCUCUUCAGCAAAGCAGCUGCAGGGCUGUCCUUUGCCGAUUUGGCUAAACAGCAGCCGGGUACAGGUUUUGGCUUCCAAGGCCCGUCUCCCAAGAGUGGGCAGUCCCUUUUCUCUGGAGCAGGCACCAAGCUGUUCCAGUCAGCUACGGCCAGGCGCAAGUCUGAGGCUGAGGACGAUGGUGCAGACGAGGUAGCCCCUAGCGUCGACAUCCACUUUGAGCCUGUGGUGCCUUUACCAGACUUGGUGGAGCUGCGCACUGGUGAAGAAGAUGAAGAACAGCUGUUUUGUCACCGGGCUAAGUUGUUUGUGUUUGACAGCCAGCUCAAGCAGUGGAAGGAGCGAGCCAUAGGCGACAUCAAGAUUCUCAAGCACAAGACCCGACCCUGUUGUUUCCGUGUGGUCAUGAGGAGAGACCAGGUGCACAAGGUUGCCUGCAACCACUCCAUCACAGAGUUCACGAAAUUGUCCCCACUGUCCACCUCUUCCAAUUCGCUUACAUGGAAAGCAUUGGACUUCUCCGAAGGAAAGACAUCUCCAGAAGCCUUUGCCGUCCGCUUCAAGAAUGCAGAAGCUAUGAACAAGUUUGCCAAAGUGUUUGAAGAGUGCAGGCUAGCUGUUGUGGAAAGGGGAAGCCAACCUGCUGGCUCUGAAAGAAAUGGUGACUUGGAGCGAGAGCAAGUUGAAGACAGAACAAGGAAAGAGGAGGAGGAAGAUAUAGAUGAAGAGGAUGAUGAUGACGACGACGACGAAUAUGAGGAUGAUGACGAUGAUGAUGAGCACGGGGAAGAUAUCAUGUUUGAAAAGAGGAUCACUCUGGCUGUGCAGAAACCAGGUGGAAAUACUUACGUGCCCCUUGGGAUGGGCAACCUGAAGAUGGUGUAUGACGACUCGUGCUUCGGGGCACGCAUCCGGGUCACCGCUGAUGAUGGGUCACUGCUGUGCGACACCAUUGUGGCAGUGCAAACGUGCCUACGCACAGAGCGCCUCCAUGCCUUCUGGUCUGCUGUGGACAUGUCGAUUGAACCCAAUGUUCGUCGCCACUUCCAGGCCACCUUCAGCUCCCCACAGGCCAUCGCAGAAUUCAACCGAAUCUUCACUGAGGCCAAGGACCUGGCAGUCAACAGCUCAAUUGUCGAAACCAUCGAUGAGCCUCCCAGUCAUCCAAAGUGAGAUGGUCUACAAGAAGCCGAUGCUGCCAUUCUUUUCAUCUUAUUCUAAUUUAUGUUUGAUUGACGGACAUGUUGGUUACACAUUUCAAUGGUGGUAUACAACGCAAGCUGUGUCAUUCUGACGACAAAUGCACAGUUCGCAUGGCAGCAAGAAUCAGCAUUUUAGGGCAAUUCUUUUAUGCAAAGUGUUUCAAGUGCAGUUGUUAAAAAUGUAAAUGUAAAUAAGGAAAUGUGAGCAGGAUCAUUGUAUUGCAGAUGCCAAAAUAAAACCUGCUUGUUUUUCACGGUA